AUGACCUGGGAUUAUUUCAGCUUCUCCAUGGUCCGCAGCGGCCAGAAGAACGAGACGUUCAUCGCCAUCAACAACCCGGCGGAUAUUUCCGUUAUCGUCAUCUACUUCAUAGUGGUCCUGGCUGUCGGAAUAUGGGCCAUGGUGAGGACGAAUCGCUCCACGGUCGGUGGAUUCUUCCUGGCUGGACGUAGCAUGGUGUGGUGGCCGAUUGGAGCCUCUCUGUUUGCCAGUAACAUCGGCAGCGGGCAUUUCGUGGGUCUGGCAGGAACCGGGGCCGCUGCGGGAAUCGCCAUCGGAGGAUUUGAAUGGAAUGCUCUUAUUAUAGUACUCAUUCUAGGAUGGAUCUUCGUCCCUAUCUACAUCAAGGCAGGGGUGGUGACCAUGCCCGAGUAUCUGAAGAAGCGUUUCGGAGGUCACCGUAUCCGAAUCUACCUCUCCGUUCUCUCGCUGUUCCUCUACAUCUUCACUAAGAUCUCUGCGGACAUGUUCUCUGGAGCCAUCUUCAUUAACCAGGCUUUGAAAAUGAACAUCUACUUGGCUGUUGUCAUGCUGUUGGUCAUCACAGCCCUCUACACCGUCACAGGUGGUCUCGCUGCAGUUAUUUACACAGACACACUGCAGACCAUCAUCAUGGUGGUGGGAUCCUUCAUCCUCAUGGGCUUCGCGUUUGAUAAGGUGGGAGGAUACGAGGGGCUGCAGGAGAAGUACAUGCAGGCCAUUCCCUCCAACGUGGGGAACUACAGCGCGGCGUGUUACUCUCCUCGUGAUGACUCCUUCCACAUCUUCAGAGAUCCGCUGACCGGGGACAUGCCCUGGCCCGGCCUCGUCUUCGGCCUCACCAUCCAGGCAGCCUGGUACUGGUGCACUGACCAGGUGAUCGUCCAGCGCUGUCUCUCCGCUAAGAACAUGUCCCACGUGAAGGCCGGCUGCAUCCUGUGUGGCUACCUCAAACUCCUGCCCAUGUUCCUCAUGGUGUUCCCUGGGAUGAUCAGCAGAGUGCUCUACCCAGACGAGGUGGCGUGCGUGGUUCCUGAGUUAUGUAAAGAGUACUGCGACACCGAGGUGGGCUGCAGCAACAUCGCCUAUCCCAAACUGGUGGUGGAUCUCAUGCCUAACGGUCUCAGGGGUCUCAUGCUGUCUGUCAUGCUGGCGUCUCUGAUGAGCUCACUCACCUCCAUCUUUAACAGCGCCAGCACGCUCUUCACCAUGGACAUCUACGCCAAAGUCCGCCAAAAAGCCUCCGAGAAGGAGCUCAUGAUCGCUGGCAGAUUGUUCAUCUUGGUCCUGAUCGGCAUCAGCAUCGCGUGGAUUCCCAUCGUCCAGACGGCUCAGAGCGGACAGCUCUUCGACUACAUCCAGUCUAUAACCAGUUACUUAGCUCCGCCCAUCGCCGCCGUCUUCACACUCGCCAUUUUCUGCAAGAGAGUUAACGAGCCGGGUGCGUUUUACGGCAUGCUGAUCGGUCUGGCCAUCGGUCUCACGCGGAUGAUCGCAGAGUUUGUGUACGGAACAGGAAGCUGUGCGAAUCCCAGCGACUGUCCCACCAUCAUCUGCGGCGUGCACUACCUCUACUUCGGCCUGAUCCUGUACGCGGUGUCCCUCGUGCUGGUGCUGUGUAUCUCACUCAUGACCAAACCCAUCGACGACAAGCAUCUGUACAGGUUGUGUUGGAGUUUACGGAACAAUACGGAAGAGCGGGUCGACCUGGAUGCCGAUGACUGGAACGAGGACCAGUACGACAGCAACAUGGACGUGGACGAACCCAUGGAAGAUCCCGGGUUCUGUAGAAAGGCCUACAACUGGUUCUGCGGCUUCGAUCAGACCAAAGCACCGAAGCUUUCCAAAGAGGAGGAGGCCGAGCUGCAGAGGCAGCUCACGGACACGUCCGAGCAGCCGCUGUGGAGGAACGUAGUGAACGCCAACGCCAUCAUCCUCCUGUGUGUGUGCGUCUUCUUCCACGGCUUCUUCGGCUAAACGACUCGAGUCUGGAAAUAAAAUCAUUUUGGUAACACUACAGUAUGCUGCCGUUAUCCAUACAUAUAGUUAUAGUUAUUUAUAAUAAAUAAAUAAAUAUUAUUAAAAAACUAAUGCAUUACACUUUAUAUCAAUGUUUAUUUGAUAUUACGAAUUGUUAGUAUUAUGCGUAUUAUGCACGCAAUGUUUAACGCAUUUAUUAACAUUGCAUAAACAUCACGUACUGGUUUAAACCGUCCGAUGAAAUUAAGUAUUAUUAAUGAAUUAGUUAAUGAAUUAGUGUAUUAUUUAAAAAAAAAAAAAAAAAUUUAAUGAAAUGUUACAUAAUCAAUGAAUUAAAAGAUUAAAAGUCAUUAUUCAUGUUUUUAAUAAUGAAUUACUAUUAUAAACAAAUAUUUUAUUGUACGAAUAGUCUAUCAUUACCUACAGUGUCAUUUUAUUGUAAUUUCAAUCUCAAUUAGAGUGCCCUAAUCCGAUAACUAUGAUUAUGAAUAUAUUUUAAACUGAAUACAUUUUUCAUGCAAAUGUGGGACUACACGUACUACAAAAUGUACGAGUAUGAGUAUGAUAUAAGAUUCGAUGCACAGAGUACUGAUGUAAAGUGUGAUGCAUAAUCAUAUGUACAAAGCGUGUAAGUGUAUUAUAACAUGUUUACAUGGUAUGGAUUUAUUUAUCGCUCGUUAUAGAUAUGGCCGAUAUAAAGACGUUUUUUCCUCUUAAAACAUCUUUUUCCUCGCCACCGUCGCCGCUCAGUGGCUCGCUCAGUCGGGAUAAAUCCGCACCUUUAAUAUCUGUAUACCGUGUUGAUGUUUCUGUAAAGCUGCUUUGAGACAAUGUCUAUUGUAAAACGCGCUAUACAAAUAAAAUUGAAUUGAAUUAAAGAGCGUUAGCAUUGAUGUUUUAGCCUGUACAAACGACCAAAUGAUUAUUAUGAAAUAUUUUUACCUCACUGGAAAGCUAACGAGCGCGCUACACCGGCAAGUGGCAACGUUUAACCUCCGCUUGAUUUUGUUUUGAACUGAAUCGAAAAUUUCGAUUUUUUUUUGUUUGUUUGUUUGUUUCGAAUCAUCUAACAAACUCUGAGUGAUGAUAUUUUUAUGCUAUGAUGUACUUAGUGUAAAUAUAACCCAGCUGAAAUAUCACGUGGAAAUCUGUAAUAUAUUAAUAUAUUCCUAUAUUAUAUAUUAUGCAAUAAAAGGGAAAAAAAAUUAAUUAAAUA